UCGGCAAGGUUUCUGCAGUGGACGCACGUUUUAUUGGAACUAUUAUUUAACAAGUGAAAAUUAUCAAUUAAAACUUGAAUACACUACAGCAUGAACAGCAUAGGCGACGAUUGCAAUGAGUUAAAAAAGCAGUACGAUGCCUGUUUCAAUAACUGGUUUUCCGAACGAUUUUUAAAAGGAGAAACCGAUGAUUCCGUAUGUGCACCAAUUUUCAAGGUUUAUCAGGAGUGCGUGAAGCGAGCCAUGCGUGAGCAGAAAAUUGAAUUACGUGAAAUCGAAACGGAUUACACCACGGCCAGUGAAUUCGACAACAACAACAGUGCAACCGGCAGCGGCAAGCCGCAGGGGAGUCAAAAUAAAAGUUGACCUCUGUCGCUUGAUUUACAGCCCCAUCAUGCUGAGACGGCCAAUACGGAUAAGGAGUGUAAUGCAAUAAGUAGCCAGUCGACGCCUCACGGACGUAGAGAUGCAUUUACUGGGAAGCAUAAACGCAGUUCCACAGUCUAAAAGUAUAUAAUGAUGCUCGUAGCAAUAAUUGUGCUUAAAAUUGAUGCAUGAUAUAAAUUAAUCGUUAAAAUUAUGUUAAGUUUAAACCAUGCUAGAUUUAUUAAGUGA